CCGAGGCUCCGCUGUCGCCAGGCCAGCCAUUUUGGUACGUUAACAUGGCGUCGCCGCCGGAGAUUAAUAUGGCGUCCUCGGACAUAAUAACCGAAGUGGAGAUUCAACCGGACAUUCAGGAGGUCGAGAUAGAGACGAUACCGGUGGAGAUACCGUGCGAGACCGUGGAGACGACGAUCGAGGGCGAGGACGGGCAGCCGAUGAUAGCGCUGCAGCCGCUGCCGGAGCCGGGCCGCGAGGAAAUCAUACUGCAGACGCAGGAGGAGAUCGUCGGCGCGGACCCGCUCAGCGUGUACGACCAGAUCCCGGUGCCGGACAACGACAUUUAUGUCGAGUCCAGCCCCGGGCCGUCGCGCAAAGCCGCAAAGAAGGCGCGCAAGAGCGGCGGCACGCGCUUCCGCGCGUCCGACCACGCGAUCUUCGGCGAGAUGGCCACCGAGACCAAGGCCAGGAAGUGGGAGCAGAAGCAGGUGCAGAUCAAGACGCUCGAGGGCGAGUUCUCGGUAACGAUGUGGGCGUCCGGCACGGACGACGGUAACAUCCUAUUAGCGCCUGACCUGGAUGUGGAUGUUCCAGAUGAGGGUUCGAAUCCAGAACCGGAUCCCGACUACACGGAAUACAUGACGGGCAAGUCCAAUGCCAAGUUCAAUUCGAACAGCUCAGUGUCCGACGGUAUGCCCGGAUUGGAUCUGUCGGAUCCGAAGCAGCUCGCCGAGUUCGCGCGACCCGGUCACAAGCUGAAGGUGCGCAAGCCGCCGGUGGUGGACGGCGUCGAGCGAACCAUCGCAUGUCCUCACAAGGGAUGCACGAAGAUGUUUCGAGAUAACAGUGCGAUGCGCAAGCAUUUGCAUACGCACGGGCCGCGGGUGCACGUGUGCGCGGAAUGCGGCAAGGCAUUUGUCGAGAGCUCCAAGCUCAAACGGCACCAGUUGGUGCACACCGGCGAGAAGCCGUUUCAAUGUACGUUCGAGGGAUGCGGCAAGAGGUUUAGUCUCGACUUCAAUCUCCGUACCCACGUGAGAAUCCACACUGGCGACCGGCCGUACGUAUGUCCGUUCGACGGAUGCAGUAAAAAGUUCGCGCAAUCAACGAACCUCAAGUCGCAUAUACUGACUCACGCGAAGGCCAAAUCCCGGAACGCGAUUGGGAGACAAGUACAACAAAUCCAACUUCAACAGCCUCAAUUUGUCCAGGUUGAAGUUGCAGAUGUGGACAAUCAACAGUUCAUUGUCUACGCCGAUUAGCCCCCCUAAAACAAUGAUCUCUUAUAAUCUCCCGCUGAACACUACUACUGAAGUAUCGUAACCAUUAAUUAUUAAUCUAAACAAUGUAAAUAUUUUUACGGCGCGUUUACAAGUGAUGUCAUUACACAUGACACCGGGCAGUCAACCUAGCUGUCUUAAGAGAAUUAAAGGAAGAAUAAUACCUCUGUGCUUAGAUAUGAAUUACUUGGAGAAAUGGAGCACUAUAUUACCGUAAAAAAAAAAACACGAAAGGGCAAAUAAAGUUAAGAAUUAAAGGAAAAAAAAACAGAAAAAAAGAUAAUGUUGUUUAAGAUAAACAAAAGCUAGACUGUGUCGCGUACUGCUCAAUUUCUUGGUCUAUCAAGAGAAAUCGAGUGCGCUCGUAUUACACACAUAUGUAUACAUAACACACAUACACAUACACACGAGACUGUAUAUAUAUAAAUAUAUUAUAUCAUAUACAUAUAAGUACAACUAAAAUAUUGUAUACAGUAUAUUUUGGAGAAAUUCAGAUGGGAAUAAACCACGAAGAUGCAUCUUUUUCCGUCGGACUCAAUUGUACCAUCUUGGUAAUAUACGAAUUUUACAUUGUAUAAUGCUGAGACUAUUGUUGAUAGUUAAUGAUGAGGGAGAGAUAGGAAAAAGAAAAGAGAGAUAAGAGUUACGCGUGUGUAACGUAGAAAUCCGUGAUUAUCAUGCAAUCUUUAUCGUACACGUAUGGUUCGGUAUUGUUUUUCAUUUUACAUCGGCGGGACACAUAAUCGGAAAAGGGAUAUUUGUGACGGGACAUUUAUUCUCGACAGACACGGAAAGAAAAUAGAAGUAACAUACGCGAACGGAGGAAAUUGUACAAAAAAAAAAGUUAUAUAUCGAAACACUGUUACUGCAAUCCCGAUGUGAUAUUUUGCGAGGAAACGUUUGCGACGUCUGCACGCGUAUCGAAACGACUUGGAAACGGCUUCGGCGGUACUUGAGAAAUUUCGAAUAAGAAGCAAUAUAAUUAUGGAUAGAUUUAAUAUCGAAUUUAGAAUAAAAUGAUUACUGCGUACAUCUCCCCAUUACGUCACCCGAUCAUAAUUAUUCGCAUAUCAUAAUUUUAUACGCGCGAUGUUAACAGACAUACUUACGAAUAUAAGUACACAUGUGCACCAGCCUGCAUUAAAUUAGGCGAACUUUGGAGAAUUUGUUUAAAUCCUGUAAAGUAUAUAUUCUUUCAUAAAAGAUUUUACUUUGCAGCUGUACAUAUAAUUCUUGUGGCUGUACCCAUCUGUUGGUAGUGUUUUCUUGUAGAACUCAACAUUUUUAUAAAAAAAAAAAGAAGAAAAAUGGA